UUAAAAAAAAUAACCGUAGACAUCCGGUAAGUUAGGCAUCUGAGUGCGUCACUUCCUGUGUUCCCUCCUUUCUCCGAGCCUCUGUCGACUGUGUGAUCCGCGUGUUUACACACUCCCAGAUGAAGGAGUCAAUAAUGAACCAAGAGAAGCUUAACAAACUGCAGGCGCAGGUCCGCAUAGGAGGCAAGGGUUCAGCCCGCAGAAAGAAGAAGGUGGUGCACAGAACAGCCACAGCAGAUGACAAGAAGCUGCAAUUUUCCCUCAAGAAACUCGGAGUCAACAACAUCUCUGGAAUUGAGGAGGUGAACAUGUUCACUAACCAGGGCACAGUGAUCCACUUCAAUAACCCCAAGGUUCAGGCAUCCUUGGCCGCCAACACCUUCACAAUCACAGGCCACGCUGAGAACAAGCAGCUCACAGAGAUGCUCCCAGGAAUCCUAAACCAGUUGGGAGCUGACAGCCUUACAAGCCUCAGGAGACUGGCAGAGAGCCUCCCCAAACCAGCUGGAGAGAGCAAAGCCCCCAUGGCUGCUGUUGAAGAGGAAGAUGAUGAGGUUCCAGAUCUCGUUGAAAACUUCGAUGAGGCGUCUAAGGACGAGGCAAACUAACAAGCAUCUCAGAGCCCCUCUCGACUCACUGUACUCCAACACCGCAACAACUUGCUCAUCCGUUAUUUUGCGUCUUCAAACAGAUGUAAAAUCAACUUUUAAUACCAGCUGUUACUUGUUCUGCAGUACAAGUGAAAUUUUAUUUAAUUCAGUGGAAUGUGCACACCCUUUCUCUUUCUCACGCUGCCUGUCAUGCAUUGUGAUGCCCACGCAUCCAAAAUGUAUGGGUGGAAUUAAUCUUGUAAUAAAGAUUACAUUUGAAUUUUU